AUGCUGCUUCUCCUUCUGCUCGCAAGCGCUUUUCUCCUUGUCCCAUGGGCUGGGGUUGGAAGGAUCAUUGGCGGGUCAGAAGCUAAGCCCCACUCCUGGCCCUACAUGGCUUAUUUAUCAAUUAGAAAUGAGUUAGAUGAUAACAUUUGAUGUGGAGGAUUCCUAAUUCGCCCAGAUGCAGUGCUCUCAUCAGCUCACUGUGCGGCUGAAGAAACUGGCAAAAACGUGAAUAUCACUGUGAUCCUGAGAGCUGACAAUGUAAAUAAGGGCAAGCCAAGUCAGCAAGCUUUCCAUGUUGGCCAUUGGGUCAUCCACCCCAAUUAUUCAAGUCAUCCCUUUAAAAAUGACAUCAUGCUGCUGAAGGGUCCUCUAAGUGCUUAUCCAUAG